AUGUCGAUUUUGUGGAUUUGUCUGCUAUUGCUGCCUGCCCUCGCCAACGGUCUUUCCGUCGAGCCGGUGUAUGGCCCAUGUGGAGAUGACAAGUUCCUGUGUGGUGGUGUCUGCCUGCCGGCGAAUACAAUCUGCGAGCCGGAUGCGAGAUUCAUGGAAUUUGCCCCGUGCCCGUGGCCGUUGGUCCGCUGCCACGAUCGAUGCAUUGAUCCGAUCUUCGGAACUUGCCUA